UUAGGAGCUCCGGAACUUCUGUGCUGCCCUGCUGUGAAGGAGGAUCCUGAGGGUCCCGGCUCGGGCUUGAACUAAGGCUCUUUGCUUUUGCAUACGAGUUCGACUCCUGGUGGUCUUUGGGGACCCUGGGAUCUGGGCAUAACAUUUGGGAGGCUCAUCCGGGAUCCCCAAGUCCCCCAGGACCUCCGAACCGUUGAGUCAAAACCCGGCCGGUAAGUGUCUGAAUGUUUUUCCUCUGUCUCUGUGUCUCGGCACUCCACCCUUAAAACCAGUAGCCUGCAGGCGGUCUGGGCGGACGCGCAUGACGCCCGGUACCACGGGACUUGGGAGCCGCCCCCGAGCCGCGUGUAGGGGUUUGGAUUCCCCUCCUAGACUUGAAGAGACAAAGUCGCACGGCAAGAGGCGGUCCUCCCCAGGAGGACUUUCGCCCUUCUGUUUGCUCUCCGUCUGUCUUACUUCUUUGUGACUGACGCCAUGGGACAGACCCAGACCACUCCUUUAUCUAUGUUCUUAGACCAUUUCAAGGACUAUAAAAUUAGGGCUAGAAGUCGAGGCUUUGUUGUUAAGAAGAAAAGACUGGCCGCUUUUUGCAGGAAGGAAUGGCCAACCUUCAACGUUGGCUGGCCACCAGAGGGGACUUAUUACCUGCCCGAGAUUUUUAGGACCCGGGAUAUCAUUUUUGGACGACCGGGACGCCCAGCCCAAAUCGCCUACAUCAGCACCUGGCUGGAUCUGGUCCAGGACCCGCCAAAAUGGCUCAAGCCUUGGCUGCCAAAGCAGCCAAGCAUAGCCAUACUCUCCCUGGAAAACCGCGAGCCACAAGAAACUGAAACUAACCCAAGGAACCCUCUUUAUCCUGUCUUGCAGGGUGGCACUGAGGAAGACCUCCUCCUCUCACACCCGCCUUACCGACCCCCACUAGGGGGUCGCCCAGGUCCUCAACCUGAGGCCCCAGGAGGGGCUCAAGGGCCCCCCUUGGCGAUCCCACCUCGCACCCAAGAGAAAGCCCAACAACAGCUGCCUCAGCAGCCCACGGCUGAGUCCAUGAUUCACCCCUUAAUGGCAAUAGGCCCCCAAGACGAUGAGAGGAACCAACUAGCCGUUAGAGAGCUAUAUAACUGGAAAAUGAAGUACCCUCGGUUCUCAGAGAAACCAGCUGCGUUAAUUAGCUUAAUAGAGUCUGUCAUUUUAACCCACCAGCCCACCUGGGAUGAAUGUCAAUUGCUUUUGAAGAUCUUCUUCACUGGAGAGGAGCAACAGAGGAUUUUAAUUGAGGCCAUAAAAUUGGUUCCAGGAGCAAAUGAGAGCCCUAUUCCUAAACAAGUUCUGUUUGACGCAGGCUUUGACUCGACCAGACCAGACUGGAACUUGAACUCGGCAGAAGGUAAGGAGAGUCUUCGGGUCUACCACCAGACUCUGAUGAGAGGUCUCAGGGCGGCUGGACAGGGACCCACUCAUUUGGCCAUGGUACGUAGUGUGCAUCAGGAAUGGAAAGAACCACCCGAAGCCUAUUUAGAAAGGAUUAUGGAGGCCUAUCGCACCUACACGUCCCUAAACCCAGAGGCACCUGAGAAUAAGUCGGCAGUCAUUACGACCUUUGUCAAUCAGGCCGCCUGUGACAUCAGGGACACAUUGCAGAGACUAGAUAGGGUAGAGGAGAAGAGUUUGCAGGAGUUGCUGGUAAUAGCUAAGAAAGCGAUUGACAACAGAGAAAUACUUAAGAAGAAACAGCUGCAAACCUACGAGGAGCCACGGAAUCGAGGGUUGGCCAUGACCCUUAUGGCGGAUUCCCCGGAAGAGAAACAACGCCAACGGCACCAACUCGAGGACGGAAAAGGUAAGCGGCCCCAACCAAAGGAUAAGCCAGCGCUCCGAAAGAACCAAUGUGCGUACUGUAGGAAGAUGGGACACUGGGUCAGGGACUGCCCCAAGAAACCUACAAAGAGGGACAAAGGGGGACAGGGUUCCGACCCCCUCCCUGAACCCAGGGUAACCCUUAAAGUGGAGAGGAAACCCAGUAGUUUCUCAGUAGACACAGGGGCACAAUAUUCAGUCCAAACCCAAUCCCAUGGCAAACUGUCCUCAAAGAAAUCGUGGAAACAGGGGGCCACUGGUAUGAAUCAGUAUGCACGGACUACCCAAAGAACAGUGGAUCUCGGAUCAGGCCAGGUAUCCCGCUCCUUCACAAUCACACCAGACUGCCCCAGCCCCCGCUUGCUGACCGAGAUAGGAGCUCAGAACUCUUUUGAUCAAAAAGGGAACUCUGUCACAGAUCACAGAGGGUGCCCUGGUCACAAAAUCACCCUGCCUCUAGAUGAUGAAUAUAAAUUGCACCAAAGACCAAGCUCUCUCCCAAAUGAGAUCUCAACUUGGUUAACCAAAUUCCCUUCAGCUUGGGCAGAAACCGGAGGAAUGGGGUUGGUAGACCAUAGGACCCCCAUUUGCGUUGAACUGAUACCAGGAGCAACUCCCGUCCAGGUAAGACAGUACCCAAUCUCCCAAAAAGCCAAAUCAGGUAUCAUGCCCCACAUCAGAAGGCUCAUAGACUUGGGCAUACUAGUGCCUUGCCAGUCCCAGUGGAAUUCGCCCCUAAAGCCCAUCAAGAGGCGCAACUCUGAUGACUAUAGACUAGUCCUGGACCUCAGAGAGGUCAACAAGAGAGUUAUGGACAUACAUGCAACGGCACCAAACUCGCAUACCCUCCUGAGUUCAUUAAAUCCUUCCAAGAGUUGGUAUACAGUAUUGGACCUCAAAGAUGCUGUCCUUAGCCUGCCUUUAGCCCCCCAGAGCCAACCUCUGUUUGCCUUUGAAUGGCAUGACCCUGAAAAAGAAUUCGAUGGACAACUAACAUGGACCAGACUGCCACAAGGCUUCAAGAAUUCACCAACCAUCUUUGACAAGGCUCUACGUGAGGAUCUGGGUGAGUACAGGCGGGAACACCCCAAUACCACCCUCUUGCAAUAUAUAGAUGACCUCUUGGUGGCAGCAGAGACCAUGGAAGAAUGUCUACAGAGUACUGAAGACCUGCUAAUGACACUGGGAAAACUAGGCUAUCGGGCAUCAUAUAAGAAGGCUCAAAUCUGCCAACAAGAGGUAAUGUACUUGGGAUAUACCCUAAAAGGGGGCCAACGAUUGCUAUCGAAGGUACGAAUAGAUAACAUUUUGAAGGUCCCCACACCAACUACAAUACAGAAGGUCAAACAAUUCUUGGGGUUGGCAGAAUUCUGCCGUCUUUGGGUCCCUAAUUUUGCAGAAUUGGCAAAGCCCCUCCAUGAGGCCACCAAAAAAAAGGAGCCCUUCCAAUGGACUGAGACCCAGGAAAGCUCUUUCAAUCGACUCAAACAGGCCUUAUUAGCAGCCCCCGCAUUGGUGCUACCUGACGUCACCAAGCCCUUUUAUCUAUAUUUAGACGAAAGCAAAGGAGUAGCUAAAGGAGUCCUCACUCAAACGUUAGGCCCAGUAGCAUACCUAUCAAAGAAUUUAGACCCUGUGGCUUCUGGAUGGCCUCCGUGUUUGAGAAUUAUUGCUGCCACAGCCUUGCUAGUCAAGGGCGCAGACAAACUGACUCUGGGGCAAGAACUUUGCAUUACUACUCCCCAUGCCAUCGAAAGGGUUCUCAAACAACCCCCAGAUCGUUGGAUGAGCAGUGCACGCAUAACUCACUACCAAAGUCUGCUAAGCCCCCCUCGUGUCCGUUUUCUACCAAGGGCUGCCCUGAACCCAGACUCUCUGCUACCAGACCCUGAUCUGGAGACCCCGUUUCAUGACUGCGUGGGCACACUGAACCAGGUACACCGACUCGGGAAAGACCUAUCAAACCCGGGCCGCUGCUGAAUGCAGAAACCACUUGGAUCACGGAGGGUUACAGCUUUAUGCUCGAUGGACAAAGGUGCGGGGGCGGCAGCGUUAUCAGACUCAGAAACUAUAUGGGUGUCUGCCCUGUCACCUAGCACUGCUGCACAACGGGGCAAACUCACGGCGCCCAAGAAACGCCUUAAAAUUGGGAAAAGGCAAAAGACUCAACAUUUAUAUCGAUAACGGGUAUGCCUUUGCCACAGCCUGUAUCCAUGGGGCUAUUUAUCAGGAGAGAGGACUCCUGACGACUGGAGGAAAGACUUAAAAGCAAACAGGAGACCCUAAACCUGUUGGAGGCCCCUUUGGCUUCCAAAGAAACUGGCUAUUAUAGACUGCCCAGGCCGUGCCCAAAAGGCAACUAUGCCUAAAGCAAAAGGCAGUCAAUGUGGCAGAUUUGGCAGCCAAGGUAGAGGCUCUCAAUCCUAUAGCAGUUUUGACUUUCCAACUGCCUGACCCAGGAGCUCCAAUCCUACCAGAGAAGCCUGAGUACUCCAAAGAGGAUGCCACCUCUAUCCACAAACUCCCUAUGACCCAUAAGCCUGAGGGCUGGUGGCUCACCGGAGACUGCAAAAUAAUCCUGCGCACCAAUUUGGCAGCCAGUCUGCUCCAGCGUAUGCACCAGACAACCCACUUGGGCACCAGGAAAAUCAAGGAUCUGAUAAGAAAGGCAGACCUACAGAUCCUCAAUCUCAGGUCCCAGGUCAAACAGACUGCAUCCAAGUGCUUGAGCUGUAAGCUCACUAAUGCAGAGAAUCAACCCCAGGCUGGAGGGUGAUAAACCUGGCUGGUGCUCACUGGGAAAUGGACUUUACUGAGGUAAGACCAGGGGAAUAUGGUUACAGGUGCCUACUAGUGCUUGUAGACACCUUUCUGGGAUGGACAGAAACAGCACCAACAGUGCUCACAACGAUACCAGAGGAGGUGCUUCCCAGGUAUGGAAUGCCAGCCGUCCUAAGCUCUGACAAGGGACCUGUCCUCACCACUCAGGUAACACGGGAUGGCUAAUGCCACUGGGGUGGAUCGGAAACUACAUUGUGCUUACAGGCCCCAAAGCUCAGGGCAGGUAGAGAGGAUGCUAAGAACUCUAAAGAGACCCUUACUAAAUUAAACUUUGAGACUGAUGGGGACUGGGUGGUUCUCCUCCCCUUCGCUUUCUAUAGGGUGUGCCACACACCCUAUACGUUAGGUUUAACCCCUUAUGAAGUCGUGUUUGGAAGACCCCCCCUCCCACUCUACCUAACCUAAAAUCUAAAGUGUUAGCUGAAAUUGAUGAUAGCCACUUACCUGACUCUCUCGAACAUCUAGCCUACACCCAAAAGGAGCUCUGGCCUAACCCGAAGGCUACUUUUGAGGCUG